UUAACCUCUAAAAUAUACGUGCAAGUGGAUCAGUUUCGUUAGCAAAGAUUUAUCAUGCCUCCGAAAGCAAGUGGAAAAGCCGUAAAGAAAGCAGGCAAGGCUCAAAAGAAUAUUAAUAAAGCUGAUAAAAAGAAGAAACGAAAGAGGAAGGAAAGCUACGCUAUUUACAUCUACAAAGUACUCAAACAAGUACAUCCAGAUACUGGAAUUUCCAGUAAAGCUAUGAGCAUCAUGAACAGUUUUGUCAAUGACGUUUUUGAACGAAUUGCAGCGGAAGCAUCAAGAUUAGCUCAUUAUAAUAAACGUUCGACGAUUACUUCUCGGGAAAUCCAGACUGCAGUGCGUUUAUUAUUACCUGGUGAGCUUGCAAAACAUGCUGUUAGUGAAGGUACUAAAGCUGUGACUAAAUAUACAAGCUCCAAAUAAAUGGUAUCGUUGAAUCUUACCGGUCCUUUUUAGGGCCACCAAUAAUUAUUUACGUUGAACAUCUUCUUGUAUGAAAAUAUUCUAACUUUUAAUUACGUUAUUUUUUAUCCUUCCUUUUUUUUACCUUGUUAUGUAAAUAUUGUAUAUGUACGGAUUUGAGUAAUUUAAUACGAGGGCAUUAUUUAUAAUGGCCAAUCGUUAUAAAUAAUGAUAAACAAAAUUGUGCACUAUAUUAAAUUUCAGUGUUAGGGUUAUUUUUUUAAGUAGUUUUUUAUAAUAAAUUUAUUGCAGUUCUUGAUUUUGUUUAUCAUUGUUUAAUAAUAUCCGUAUUAGUCCACACUGUUCUUAAUAAAAUUAUAUAAAAAGGAGCAAACAUAAAAUCAAAUUGUCCAAAAUAA